AAAUAAGUAAUAAACUUAAUGAAAUUCAGUGAUAAUAGAAGAAUGUAAACGACUGUUUAAAUUAGUUGACGUAAUCCCGUCCUGCGUUUAGCGCAUCAGCUGACAUUUGUAAACAAAUGUGCCAAUGUGCAUGACUUGAAAAAACCAACAAAGAUUCAGACAAAAUGAAUCCCUGCUCGUCGAACUUGCAAAAAGAAGACAUUAUUUUGCAAAUACGGGACUUGUUGCGUAAGAACAACGUCAAGUUAUGGUUACCGCCUUAUUACAACGAAAAAAGUGGCUCAUCUCAGGACGACUUAAAAAAUUUGGCUCAAGAUUACAGCACCAGUAUUAACGCAUCGGCGGACGAAUGCUUCGAAGCCAUUUUAGAACUCCAGCGCAACUCUUUGGAGAACCUCAAACAGAACAACCACUAUCAAGAAUCAGGCGAAGCCACUCUAAAAAUCAAAGUCUUGCACCCAAACAGCCCCCCUCGGAUGCUCACGAAAGAACUCCUGCUGUCUUUGCGGGGCUGCGACGUCAAGGACAUAAUCUCGAAAGAAACCAGUAUAAGUCCUGACAAAUUAAAACUAAUUCACGCAGGAAAAGUCUUAAGCGACGUGGACAACUUGAGCAGCCAAGGGGUGAAAAACGGUCAACAAAUUUUGGCUGUCACGUUUUCCGAGCCUACCCCUGAAAUGAAAGAAACCGAAGACCAAAUUCGCGAACUAGAGGGGGUGAAAACCGAUUCGCAACUCCUGGCUUUAGACAACCAGUAUAUGGAACUGGAAGACCAGUUCGGCAACAUCGUCAAGAUCCCCCCGGAAGAGAAAAAGGCGCUGAUUGUCGCCAUGGCGCUCCACGAAAAGGGGCGCACGUCCUUGAAACGCGAAGACUACUCCCGCGCUCUCGUUUUCUUCCUCGAAGCCGACGAAGAAUUCAAGCGUUGCAACGCCCAAAUUUUAAACUCCGUCGAUAAUUACGCACUACUUGAUUUGGAUAUCGCCUGGUGUUAUUUUUGUUUGCAAAGUGUUGCCAACCUCCCAGAGGCGUACGAGAGGUUGAAGCGGUGCGAGGAGCGCUUCCAUAGCAGUUACGGACCGAACUUGGAGCGCCUGCAAGCUCUGAAAGGGGCGACAGGUAACGAGGCGGCGCUGCUCAUGCGGCUACAUCUGCUUCAGGCGAUUGUUUUAUACCACAAGAAUAAGCGAAACGAGGCGUUGCAGCUGCUAAAGAAAGCUAAAGACGAGCUUUCGGUGUUGAAGGUCGAUGAUAAUAGUAUUACUGUGUUGGUAGAACUGGGGUACUCGAUGGCGGAAGCUAGGUUAGGUUUGCGGGCCACUGGUGGUGACGUCAACAAGGCUGCCAACUAUAUCGACGAAAACAGGAAUAGUAGGGUGCAAGCGCGCCAGAAGGCGAAAGCUGAGGAAAUUUUGCAGAGGAAGAGGAUGAAACUAGGGAUGUGUGUGGACGGGAAACAGUACGUGGACCCCAAUUUUGUUAAAAUCUUGGUCAAUAUGGGUUAUAAUAAGGAGGCGGCACGUGUGGCCUUGAAACAUUGUAACAACGUCAUUUCCGAUAGUGUGCAAUAUAUACAGGAGCAUCCACAACCGGGACCUAGUCAGAGUCGGAGUAUCGAAUUUUUGGCCCUGAUUAACGAUCUAGUACCCGAGUUGCAAGCGGCGGGUUUCGACCCCACCAUGUCGAAGUUGGCGUUGCAUAAACAUGGCGGCGAUAUCAUGAAAGCGGCUGAGGAUUUGUUGGCCAAUAACGGGACGGUUGUCGACGCCGAUAUGUCACUUUUAAACGACAUUGAAAAGGUGGUGAAGAAAGAGGAAGAAAACCGGGAGAAAAAAGACGAAGCGUUUCAGAGGAUAGCCGGCGACCUAUCCAUGGUGGACGACGACCACUUGGAUUUAACGCUAUCACAAGAGGAGAACUUCCUCAACCAGUACUUGUCCCUCCUCGAAACCGACCGUACCUAAUUACGCCCCAAACCCAAUAAAUAUAUUUUUAUAAAUUUCUAA